CAUACGUAACGUAGUGGCAGUGUUUGCUGGCUGGUGGUAGUGAUCAAACCUUCACUUUUUUAUCUCUCUGUCUGUAUACUAGUGUGUAGCCCUAUUUUGUAUUUAGAAUUAGUAGAAAGAAAUCUUGCCUUGCUGAAAAAUCGGUCGCCACAACGUGACCAUUUGAUCCUUUUUCAGUUGAAAAACAUUCAAAGAUGGCAUCUUUAACAGCGAUUUCACACUUGGUCCAAGUCCAUGCACAAUUAGACGAAUUGCGACAAAAGCUGAAUGUGCCAAAGAUACCAUUGACGAAUGAAGCAAUUAUGACGAUAGGCUCACAACUUCAGCCCUUGUACAAGAAGUUACUGUUGGCCAAUUUGGAUGAUGCAGUGUCCCGUCAGUUGGAAUUGGGAUUGUGGGGAGAUUGUUUCAAGGCCCCAUUGACGCGAUUUGGACGCACUGAUAAGGCUUUGUUCCACUUUAUGAUUGAGUCCGGGGUCGGGUUUUAUUUGGGACUGAUUCAAGAUAUUGGGGUUCAUUUCGAUAUUUCCUUCAUCACGAACACAACAUCAACCAACAAACUCUACUGCACAAAGACAUCGCAAAGUCCACUAGUGAGUCCAUCCAAGGCUUCUGUGUACUUUAUUAUUCAAAAUUGUCUACUUCAUGUCGGUGAUCUACUGCGAUAUCAAGGCAGCUUUCCAGAAGCAUGCAAAAUGUACGAAAAAUCUGCUUCAGUUUGUCCAUCGAAUGGCUUUUCCUUCCAUCAGAUGGGUGUGACCCAAUUGCUCAUUCCAGCAAAUGACGAGUACACUAUCAUGAACAAUUUUGUGUCUUCUUUCUUCUACCAUGCACGAGCGUUAUCAGUUUCCAAUCCUCAUUUGCAGUCUUAUCACGCCUUCGAUGCAAUAACGGCCAAGAUACUGGCCAUGCCCGUUGGUACAAACAAGUAUCAAGAAUUUGUUCGUCAGUUUUUGCUCAUGAUCUCUUCUGUUCUUCGCAAAGAUAUGUUACCCUCCAGUUUCACAAGCAAUUUGGUGCCAAUGUUGAGCCCAUUAGUGGCCAAUCAACAAAUCAAGCCGAGCAUUCUGUUCCAAAUGCUUUGCAUCGCAAUGUGGACCCAAUGGCGACUUUUAUACAGUGAAGAAGGAGAAUGCUCGCGAAAUGAAGAGGCCAUUCUGGAAAUUAUUGCUGCAAUUUUCAACGCCAUUUUAAUCGCAUCUGUCGGAAUUUUUGGAGAUCAUUAUUUCGCUCAUAAUAAAAAUACGCCUGAUAGACGAAUCGCUUCAACAGUUCAUGUGAAGUUUGUGAUAGACUGGCUGGUCCGUCUCUACCGGAAUGAUAAGGCUGUGAAACAAGUCAGAUUCUUUCGAGAAAAAACGCACAUGUCGAAUCUAGUCAAAGUCUUGAAUUUAAUUAAUGCAACAACUCAUGAUAUUGACCUUGAAGAUGUCGUUACUACCUGUAAUUUCAUUUUACCUGAAGAAAGAAGACUUAUUGGAUUUCUACCAUUGGACUAUACCAGUCUUCGCACAAUUGGGACCAUACUUUUGGGCGACAAUGAUCCACAAACCCAGUCGUAUCGUUUAUAUCGCCUAAUGCAGACUGCUCCAGCCCUAUCUCAGCCACACACUACCUCAUCAUCAUUCACCGACAGCUUGUCCAUCUCGGACAAUUUCAAAUUUUAUACUUUCGAUGGAGCCGAAUUUGGAGAGGCAACCACCUACAAUUCAGGUUGCUCACCAUCUGCCCUUCCAAGUCGUCGCAAUGUCGCCCUCACCAGCAUAUUUCGAUCUGGACUGGCUUCUUUGGGGGGAGGAGAAGGAGGAGGAAAUAACAAUUUCACGUCGUCUGUUUCCACACCGAGCUUUGAGUUUGGAGAUGGCAACAGUAGUUUCUGUAGUUCGGGAGGCGUUGGGGGUGGGAUAAGUCCAUCAAAUUCCACUGCCAGCUUGAGCCCCAUGGCCCUUCCCUACGUUAGUAAUCUUAAUAAUAGUUUCAACAGUAGUGGUGGCAACUACUUCGGUUUGGGAACUCGUUCGAAAUCCUCUUCCAGUGACCCAUUCCGUUCUAUUUGGACCCCUAAUGACGAAAAGAAAGCGACAAAUAACGACUGCUCUGCUGCAUGGAAUUAGGAUCGGGAACAUAUUAAUCAGAUAUAAUAAAAUAAGGUCACGUGCUGGUCAUUAUAUUUACGGGGAAGCAGUGUAUAAAAUAAUUAGGUACAUGGUGGAAAAUGUAGUCAAAAUUUAACUAUUUAAUUUCAUGCACGUAAAAUCUCCAAGUUUUAAUUACUAAUAAUAAUAGAAUAUAUGACGAAAUGGAUCUGAAAUGAAAAUUCUCAAGUUCAAGAUGCAAUCAUGUUACAAUUAUUUUUUUCAAAUUGUUCUCCUCUCUUCGAUACUAAUAAUUCCUACUUCCCAUGCUUGCACGUGCAACUUGAUUAGUACCGACGUUAAUGCGCACAUGUUAGCGAACGGACCUUAAUGACCGAGCUAUGAUUUAAUUUAAUUUUUUCCACUUUUGACAAAGGCCAAGCAGCUACAUAUAUGUUUCCAUUAUUCUCUUUGAAAGUUUGCUUGGCUAACUUGAAGGAAAUUUAAACUUUUCAAUAUUACAAUGUAUUGUAUACAUGCUCUAUCCCGCAGUAUUACUGAAACAAAUUAAUAAUUAUUUGAAUUUGUGUCAACAAACUUAUAAAUAGGAUUAAUUAUUAUUCCAAUAUUAUCUUCUUUAGUUUAUACAUCAAACGAAACUUCAUACAACUAGAAUUAAUACGUAUCAUCUUGCUACAACUUUUUAAUUGCUUAUUUAGAUCAGUUUUCAUGAAUCCUUUCGGUCUCGGAUUCCGUUUUUCUUAAAUUUCUUCAGUGUUCUUGAUUUAAUUAUUAUACUACUUACUACGAUUGCUUAUCAGUUUCUCAAUACUCUUAAAAUUAUUAUCGCAUAGUUGCGCUAUGCUGAAUCAAUAUUGACGAUACGAUAAAAAUAUAGGAAAUAUAAUAAAACGGCAGUAAUUGUAUUGUAUUAAACAAA